AUGCGUCUCCAAACCCGGACUUUGUCCUGGACUCGGGUGGUCCCUCGAGCCCACAGACAAACGCGAUGUAUCCAAAUUCGCGCGGCGCCCUCUGGGUCUUCGGCCAACGGCGACAGCCUGCCCCUCGCUAGCACGCCCAGCUCUGUUGAAUCUCGGGAUGCGCGAUUUGACGUUGUCGGUGCUCCGUACUCGCUCCUUUCGGUUUCGCUCUCCGCGUCGCAAAAUCUAUACACACGACGAGGAACAUUGGUCGGACUCAGCGGCAAGGCAGAUAAUGUUAUCUCGACCUUGAGCGUCCUGGAGCCCUUCCGCAGGGCCGUUGUUGGAGUGCCUUUUCUUUACCAAAAGGUCUCCUCCGCAACCCCCGUCACAGCUCUCGUUUCCGUUCGAUCACCCAAUACUUCGUUCGCUGUGGUGAACGUCAAUGGAUCAGUGGAUUGGAUGGUGGCUCAAAGACGGGCUUUGCUUGCAUGGACGGGCCGGUCUCUGUCUAUCAAGCCCACUAUUAAUGCAAACCUGAGUUUGUCUCAUUGGGGUAGCUCUGAAGUCACCGGCAGAGGUUUAAUAGCGCUGGUCGGCAACGGGCAGCUAUACUCUGUUGAAUUGAAGGAAGGAGAACAAUACAUUGCGCACCCCAGCAAUGUGCUUGCUUACACUAUGUCCUCCAACCCCCCUCGCCCCUACCGCUUCAAAUCCACCACCCUCAGCUUCCAAAUCCCCGGGCUGAAGCCUCUACCGAGACUUCUGCAGAACGCGAAGUUCAUUCGCGAUGUGUCUGAAUCCAAAGCAUACAAGAGCACCAUGCAGUUCUUCCACAAGCUGCGCACUUGGUCUCGAAUGACCAUCUGGGGAGACAGACUCUUCAUGCAAUUUGACGGCCCCACGACCAUCCUCGUGCAGUCCCGUGGACCUCGCAUCAACGAUGUGCUGUCCGCGCAAGAAGUGAACGAAAUCGCCAACGUGCCUCGCGGUCUCACUUCCGCCCCCUUCGAGGCCGAGAAGCCUGCCCGUGACAUGGCUGAGCUCACGCGCUCUGUCGAGCAAUUGGAGCAGGAUAUCCACGGUACCAGUCAGAGCGUCGAACAACUCCGCAAAGAUGGAAAGGAGGCUGGCCGCGAAUAA